AUGUUCGUGAAUGCCAACUUGGUUGAAGAUCGACUGCGGAAGUGCAAGUGUGGCGAUGACCUUGACUGCCAAAAUCAAGCAUUGGAUGCACUGGACAAAUGCGCCACUAAAUGCGGUCAGGAGUUAUUCCCUCUUGGUGGUGAUGUGCAAGAUAUGGUGAAUUGUUUUGGCGACCAGCGAGCUGCAAUUCAAGCUGAAGACAAUUGUUUUCGGAAGAAGAUUAAUUACCGGUCCGCUUAA